AUGUCUACGUUCUCCCGGAAACCACUCAAACCUUCUCCUAUCCUCACUAAGAUUAGAGCGAAACCGUUUCUCCUCUUUGGCAUCCCAUUCCUCGUCCUCACUGUCGGUUCAUCAUUCGUCAUGACCACGUUUACUCAGACCCGAUAUGACCUGCACAACACGAAACACAAGCAGCUCUCGUUUGACGAUGAUCUGGGUCUGACUGGGAAGAGGAAGAAGGUUGAUCUGAGGGAAGAGUACUUUAAAAGGUUGUCCAUGGUCCCAGUAUCUCAAGACGACUUUGAGAAUGUGCGAGUCCCUCGACCGGAGGGAAUGCCAGAAUGGGGUGCGCCGGGACAGACAUCAGAGGAUGCGCCGCUCAAGGGCAGGCGGAAAGAGGACCGUUGGGUAUAG